CAGCUUUUAGCAACCACCGAAUCCCCACUCCAUAGAGACCGGCUAUAAAAUGCCCCUGAACUUUUCCAAAGCUCAGUCCUAAGGGUGCCUCGACUCAAUUCGAAGUUCAGUCGAUUUAAAACUCGUUUAGUUAACAGUCUCGCCUAGUCGUGUUAUGCUGUGGAUCAGUAUUUUAAGUGUAUUAAGUGCAAGUGUUUAUAUUUAAUAAAUAACAAGACUAUUUAGUGAAUACAAGACAAAGAUAUGAAUAGUGAAUUUAAAAUGCAAGGCUAUCAAAGAACUUUUGAUGACCAUGAUCAAUACAAAGACGAAGAGACUAUCGUUGUGGAUUUGGUACCACCUCAGUAUCAAUUAUCGCCACCCCAUAGUCCGGUCACUUCGGCACCGAAGUCUCCCGAAAAAGAUUCACCAAACAAACAGCAACAACCGAUGGGAAAUAUGGACCCAAACAUGCGUCGGUACCGAACCGCGUUCACACGCGAACAGCUUUCACGUUUGGAAAAGGAAUUUCUUAGAGAAAAUUACGUCAGCAGGCCACGUAGAUGCGAACUUGCUUCUCAAUUGAAUUUACCUGAAGGCACUAUUAAGGUCUGGUUUCAAAACCGUCGGAUGAAAGAUAAACGCCAGAGGAUGGCAAUGGCCUGGCCUUACGCAAUGUACACUGACCCAACCUUUGCUGCGACAUUGAUAGCAGCUGCUACUGGAUUACCGCCUCAGUCGCCGUAUCAUCCACCGGCAGGAUUUCCUGGUGGUUAUCCAGUGUCAGCAUACGCAGCAUAUGCAAAUGCAGUGAGAUAUAAUCCUUAUGUUGGAAGUCCUCCUGCUAAUGGACUUCAUCGACCACAUCCGCAGUCACCCGGUUAUCCAGCGCACCCGCAUCUUCUUCAGCCCCACGGAAUCUCACCCUUACAUUUAACGGGUAUCGUCGGGGUUGGAAAUAAUCAAAACUUGGGUACGCCCACGGCUCAGCAGAUACCAACGCCUUCAGUUUACAGACCUGCGCAUCUCGCAGAACUCAGUCCAGCUCAUUCUGAUACUUCCAGUGACUGCGAUUGCGCUGGAUCUGUACAUCAUCAUCAUGCAAAUGUUAAUGUUAAUAAUAAUUCUAAUGGCCGGGAAGAAACCCCACCUCUUAAAUUACCUGAUGGAUUAGCAUUGAACAGUUUUCCAGCACAAAUUCAAUCAAUUCAAAGCGCAUUCGAAAGCAAAGAUAUUAAUUUCCAUUACAAUUCUCAUGUUAUGUCUUCGGGUAUUACUCCUUCUAAAAUCAGCCCACCAAAAUUAUUCCAGCCGUACAAAACAGAUGUUUCUGAAAAAGCGUGAAAAUAAUUUUUUUUUAAUAGGCUGUAAAUAUUGUAGAAAAUUCUAGACCAUAUAUUUUUUUUAAAUUUUUAUUUAUUAUUUUUACAAAAAACUGGGGCGAAUCGGUCAUCUGACACAAAUUCAAUCUCUAGUUUAAAGAAUAGUCUGGAAUACACUUUACCCUGUCGGUAAGUUUUAAAACUUCCUGCUGUUUUCGCGCUUAGACUGAAAAUUUUAAUAUUUUUAAAUUUUAUAGCGGGAAAUUCAAAAAUUUGCACCAUACUCUAGAAUUGUGGGUUAUUGUAGUAACUAGAUGACCAACUUCCCCCGUUUUUUCUUCUUUUUAAGCCUCACAGCCAAAAUUUUUGCCAUACAUAAACAAAUGUAACAAUUUUCAUUUAAAAAAAAAAAAUUGUCAGUUAAUUAUAAUUUGUUAUUUAAGUUCAAAUUUUUAAGUUAAUUUUUAAUUAAAUUUUAUUUUUGAUACUCGUUUUUUAUUUUUAAGUAGUUAAUUUGUAAAUAAUCACUUAUUUAUUAUUGUACAAAUUAUUAAAAGUAAACCGAAG